CGCACACCCGUCCCCGGCGGGCGGUGCCAGCGGCCCUGGGCCGGGCGCAGCGGAGGGGCCGUCGCCGAUCGGAGCCGUCGCAGAUCGGAGCUUAUCGCGCCGUGUCGGGAUGUCGGGCGAUCACUCCCGCAGCCUGGGCAAGGGCAGCGCGGCGCCGGGCCCGGUGCCCGCGGGGCUGAUCCGGCUCUACAGCAUGCGCUUCUGCCCCUACGCGCAGCGGGCGCGCCUGGUUCUCCGCGCCAAGGGCAUCAGCCAUGAAGUAAUCAACAUCAAUCUGAAGAACAAACCUGAGUGGUACUUUGAGAAGAACCCCUCUGGGCUGGUUCCUGUUCUGGAGACCAGCAAGGGCCAGCUGAUCUGGGAGUCCCCAAUCACCUGUGAGUACUUGGAUGAAGCAUUUCCCGGGAAGAAGCUGAUGCCUUCAGACCCCUAUGAGCGAGCUUGUCAGAAGAUGCUCUUGGAAGACUUCUCGAAGAUAACAUCCUUGCUUUUCAAGCACGUUUUGGCAGUCAAAGAUGGACAGGACACCACUGCACUGAAAGCAGAGAUUGCUGAAAAGUUUGGUAAACUUGAAGAGGUUCUGUCCAAACGCAACACGGUGUUUUAUGGUGGGGACUCAGUCUCAAUGGUUGACUACAUGAUCUGGCCAUGGUUUGAACGUCUGGAACCAUUCCAGCUGAAGGACUCUUUGAAUCACACUCCAAAGCUCCAACGCUGGAUGGAGGCCAUGAAGGAGGAUCCUGCUAUCAAGGCUACAAUAACUGACCCACAGAUAUACAAAAACUACCUCCAGCUGUAUCUGAAGAACAGCCCUGAGGCAUGUGAUUAUGGGCUCUGAGGUGCUAGUAGGAACGUGCUGGCUGAAGUGUUAGUGCUGUUUUUCAGUGUGGGAAGUCAGUGUAAUUUGGUGGAGGCUCUUCUGUGAUUGCAUUCAUAAUGGGGAAUAAAUCUGUGCUGAAAAGGCUGAGAAACCUUCUGUGAACUCCACUCCUUCCUGUUGGGGGAAAGAUGUGCUGGCUUCAAGCAGGAGAUGGAAAGUCAUUGUUGGCCAUGAAUAUUUCAUAAAGGAGAAUGUAUCACCACUCAAGAGGUGAUGGUCUGUAAUCUCUGGGCUCUUUCUAGGCUUUGCAGCGGGCAGUCCCUGAACUGAUGCUGUUACCUGAUUUAAAUAUUGUAAUACUCGUGUCUUGAAAAUGAAUAAAAAACAAGCAAUGCCUUCAAACA